AUGUCGGCGACACAGCAACUACAUACAUCGCUACUGCGUGCACCCAUUCUUCACAUUCUGCGAGCCCAGGGCUUCCACUCAACCCGACCUUCAGUUCUGGACACUCUGGUCAACAUCACCGAACGCUACCUCAUGCUACUCGCCGAAACAACCAGAGAUCAUGCUCUACUCAACCACAACGAUCCCAUCCCGACCAUCACUGACGUCCGUAUGGCCUUGACCGACUGCGGCACCCUCACUCCCAUCCUCACAGCCGCCGAGCAAGACUGGCUAGAAAAGUUCAGACGCCCACUGGAAGACUUUGACGAUCUCAAACACGGCGACAUCAGAAGAGAAGGAGAGCUACGGCGACGUGAUGAACAGGACACCCAAGAUGUACGCGACUUUAUAAAAUGGAUCGUCGGCGACCAGAACCGUGAGAUCCGUCGCAUCGCUGGUGUCUUGCCCGAACCUGGCCCUGGAGGUACCGUCAAUGGCGAAGAUUACUUGACAGUUCUUAAGAAGAAGCACAGCAAAACAGGAGAGGAGUCACGAUUUCAGGGAACGGUGCUUGGAAAGCCAGCCGAGGACAGGCCCAUCAAGAUCGAAGGUGGCCCAGUCGAGACUCUGACCGAGUGGAACAACCUCAUGCACCAUCACUCUGAACACCAACUACCAACCACAAGAGACGCCGCCGAAAGCCCCCACGAAGCCGAAAUCGACGAGCAGCAACUGUUGAUGGAUGUGUCUUGA